UUAUACUAUUCUAAACCAAAUCACACGACGUUCAAAAAAAAAUUCUAAACCAAAUCACACGGCGUCUUCACGGGCGAUUGGAUCUGAGCUCUCGUCCUGGUUCCUCCGUCACGGCGUCAACACAGCGAACCACACCGGAGUCCACUGCACGACGAGGAUUCGUCGUCCUCGAUCUCGCCCUCUCCUAUGUGCCCGACGACGCGGGCCGCGUCUCCGUGUCCUCGGCUAUGCUGCCAGCGGCAGCGAUGCGGUCUGGCGCCGGCGCCGGCGGAGUUCCCGUCUUCUUCCCUGCAUCGUGAGCACAGUGCCGGCCUGCCUACGUCGGGGCUGCUCGCCACAUGGCCGACCCAGAGGUGGAGACACCGCGACCAGGUCAUGCAAUUGCUGGGCUAUUCUUCCUCUGCUCGACGUUGUGGUCGCUGUUGUUGCAACAAAUAUUACAGGUUUAUUGAGCACGAUUACCAGCAAGGCGAAGCCGGUGGAGCUCAUGACCACCGCCAUGCACAAGGACUGGCCAAGCCCGCAAAAGUUUAUUGGGCAUGAUGACCAGCAAGGUGAACAAGGUGGCGCGCAUCACCACCGCCCCGCGCAAGGAAACGUCAAGCCUGCAAAGAGCCAAUAGGAGAAAAUCAGCGAGCAGCUUCAGGCCCUUGGUUAGUGUUGAUGAUUUAUUCGGAUGCAGGAUAUUUUGAAAAGACCCUUGGUCAUUACUCAUUAGUUGUUGUCUCCAUUGCUAUUUUACUGUAUGAUGAAAUAAUCAUGGAUCUUGUAAAAUACUUGGUAAUUACGUGUCUCAGUUCUUAAUUUAGUGUUUGGAAGUAACCAGGGAUACAAAAUUAUCAUUACAUAUUUUUUCCAUUGUUUAUUUAUCAUAGGAGGAAAUCCACCCGCCUUUUCUGAUUUAUGAAAAUUUAAGAUGAUUUUGGAAAAAUCAAGCUUAAAGAAUAUAUCUUGCAAGUUCGAUAACUGUCAAUACAUCUUGAUAUUUUUGAUUUUGGACUUGGGCUUUGUCGAUUGGAAAAAUAGUUGAUCCAAACAAACAACAUGUAGUCUUAUGGACGUAUGAGCCAUCUCACUGUAUGUGGAGCUUUUCUCUUGCGCCCAACUACUUUAUUUUAUGCUCUGUCACUGUAAUCUCCAAUUUCGUUCCCAGGUAUACCAUUACUAUGGUCACGGUCUUGCAAAUGCUUAAUGUGUAGCUUUUCAGCCUUGCAAAUUAGAUAUUUUGAUUGCUACAUGCAUAUUAUUGAAAUAUUGGUGCGUUGAAAAGAUAUGGGUGGAGUUAACAAACUGACUGGACAUAUGAAACAAAUUCAUGAUGCAUUGUCAGAUCCUCUUGCUUUUGCUAAUUUGAACAAGGUAAUAUUUAAGAUUCAUUACAAUCUUCCGUUUCAUUGUUUUAGCUGAGUCACUUAUCAUUAAUACUAUUGCACAAAAUGUGCAGGAUUAACCAAAGGAGGAACUUGAAGAAUUGGAGGUAGCAGUGUGUGUCUUGUAAAUAAGCAAGCAAUCCCCCCUGCUCCACAGAAAGCUACAGCUGAAGAUGAAGAACUUGCUACACUACAAGCUGAAACUUCGCUAUGACCAGGUGACUACGAAGAGGAUUGAGAAAGAAAAUAGUAGUACAAACUUGCAAAAUACUCUUUUACAGAGAUCUAGUCCUAAUAAGACUCAAGGUGGAAGGCUAAUUAUUAUUUCUCCAAAUGCGCUCAUACAAGAUGCAACAAAGAAUUCUCAAAUGUUUGAAGCAAUGGAUCCAAAGAACUAGCUCGACUGGACUCUAGAUCACGAACAGUUUAGUCUUGGCACUUAAUUAGGAUGGCUAAAUUACAUUUGAGUUUCAUUUGAUGGAUAGUUGCUAUGAGAAUUAUGAAUUUUAUGAAUCUACAUAUUAUACA